CCCUAAAUCUAUAAAUAUCGAUAAAAUGAGUUACUCCCCUUUGUGAAACCGAAAGUAGGUUUUUUUUUUUUUAUUUUUCGUCAUUUUUUUUAAUAAUGAAUGAACCAGAUUUUCGUAUACUUGAUGGUGGUGCAGGAUCAGAGCUACAAGACCUAGGAUAUAACAUAACUGGAGAUCCUUUAUGGUCGGCCAGAUUGCUAGAUACUAACCCAGAUGCGAUCAAAAAACUUCACAAAAGUUAUUUAGAGGCGGGGGCGGACACAGUAAUAACCGUAACUUACCAAGCCACUGUGGAGGGACUUAAGAAAUAUCUGGGGAUAACGACAGAGAAGGCUGUAGAACUGAUUAAAUCAGGAGUGAAGCUUGCCAGAGAAGCUUGUCAGGAGAUGCCAAACACAGGAAAAGACAGACGAGUGGCGGGUUCUGUAGGUCCGUACGGUGUCUUUUUACAUGAUGGUUCUGAAUACAGCGGGAAUUAUGUAGAUAAUAUGACCCAACAGGAAUUAAUGGACUGGCACAGGCCCCAGGUGGCAGCACUGUUGGACGGCGGGGUGGAUAUGUUAGCCGUGGAAACCAUCCCUGCUCUGAAGGAAGGGGAGGCAAUUCUGACACUGCUGAGAGAAUUUCCUGCCGCAAAAGCAUACAUAACAUUCUCAUGCAAGGUAGAAUUUUUUAUGAUAUG